AUGACUCCCCAACCGUUCAAACUUAUCCGUCUUCCAGCCCUGGCUCUUCGAAAUGUGUUGCAGUUUCUGAAUCCCAUUGAGUUAUUCGAGCUAUCUCAAUGCUCCCGAAGAGCCUUCUCCGUUAUCCCCCUAUCCGGUAGCAGAAAGUUCAAUCUUCGCAUAAACGAGCGUAGCACCAUCAGUGUCAAUGGCCACUAUUUUGGUACUUAUAACAAUAGCCCCCUAUCGGAAAAUGUUUUGCAUGGAACGCGUACUUUUAUGGAGUUUACUGCAAAGGCUUACCUUCAUUCAGAGCACGAGCUUGUCAGUUUCUGGGAUAAUCGACAUGUCGGAUUGAAAGCAGUUCUUUUUCAUCUCUCAAAAGUUUUCGAUUGCGCAAUUGACUACGCAAGAUUUUCGGAUAAAAUUCCAGCAGUGAUCUACAUGUCAAUUAUUGAUUUGAUUAGUAGUCGACAGUCUGAAAUCAAAGAUCUCACUAUUUGGGGAGAUGGUCUGACUGAUGAAUAUGUGACUGGGAUAUUCGAUAAAUUGAAAGUCACUGAUCAUCUAGAGAUGAACUAUCAAUAUACUGUGCCUCGAUCGAUUCCAUUCAACACAAAAUCCAUCGUUAUUUGGAAUUCCUCUUGGAUCACAAUGGAACACUUAAAAUCAAUGAAUAAGUGUACUGUAAUUCAAUUAUAUCGGUCUACAAUAACCGAUCCUGAUAUGACAUUGCUUCUGAACGACUGGAAGUCUGGACAAUAUUCAAAUCUUCAAUAUUUAUCCAUCAAAAGUAGUUUUCUUAGCAAAACCUUCACCGCAUUUGGACUUCCGUCACUCACUGGAGAUCAAUCGCAUGAAAAAACCAUUCUUGGUAUAGAAAGAGAGAUUUAUAGAGGUGUCGAUGUUCGACGAGAUGAUGGAGUUGUUGGAAAUAUUCGUUUCAACGAUAAAGAGGGAGUUUUGCAAAUUCUGGUGUUGUAA